AUGGAUCCUUUGGUCUUAACCCAGAUUAUACCAGAAGUGUUGGAUCCAUUUACUCCAACCAUACCACUCAGAAUAACCUACAACAAUAGACUACUUCUGCCAGGAAUUGAGCUUAAACCAUCAGCAGUUUUAAGCAGGCCACGAAUUGAUGUUGGAGGCAAUGAUAUGAGGGUUUUCUACACCCUGGUAUUGGUGGAUCCAGAUGCCCCAAGCCCGAGCCACCCAUCACUCAGGGAGUACUUGCACUGGAUGGUGACAGAUAUCCCUGAAACAACUUCAAUUAACUUUGGCCGAGAGCUAAUAUUAUAUGAGAAUCCAGAGCCAAGAUCAGGCAUCCAUCGGAUGGUAUUUGUGUUGUUCCGCCAACUCGGUAGGGGGACGGUCUUUGCACCACACACACGGCAUAAUUUCAACUGCAGAAGUUUCGCAUGCCAAUACCACCUCAACACCGUGGCCACCACAUUUUUCAACUGUCAAAGGGAAGCAGGAUCGGGUGGAAGAAGGUUUGCACCUCAAGGUCCUUAAGCGAAGUACUAUCAAA